AAAUGCAGUGACACAAACAUGUGAGUAAUGGAUGAGGAUUUGCCCCUAUUAUCUAAUGUGUGUGACAUUUUAAUCCGUCAUUAUAAUUUCAAAUUUGAGUGUAAAUUUGAGGAAAAAUGUUUUAACUGCAAUGCUAUUUUAUUUUUGGAACCUGUUCCUACUGAAAGUGAACAGACGUGUAAAUGUGCCGAUGGCUUCGAAGGAACAUCUUCAGAACGAAAUAUGCUCAAUUCUGGGACAUCUUCAUUUCUCUUCAUUUUAGAUUGCCAUCAGGUACAGGUGAAUAGUGUGGCGGAGGUCGAUUUAUCGGUGAGUGAAGUUGACAGUUUUAAGUUUAAUAACUUGGAUGCAUCACUACACUCUGCAACCAGUUCAUUAUGCUUUCAAUUGAGCGAAUGGUCUCUUAAGAUAUGGACUGCUAAAAGAUCAUGCAAGUUUUGUUUUCCGAAAGUCAUCAAAAUUUCAUACCAAACACUGCCUUCAUGUCCAUCCUUACUUUGGGUAAAAGAUCAAGAUGGAAAGCCUUCCGUUUUUACCUAUGGAGCUGCUGUUAACAACCGAUCUCUGUUUCCUUGUCAAGAGCCUCCUGUUGCCAUGGCAACGUGGGAAGCAAUAGUGAAUGUCAUUGAUUCUGCGACUGUUCUGAUGAGUGGAGAUAAUGAACCUCUGAUAUCUUCUGAUAAGGGUCUCACACAAUUCUAUUUCUACACCAAGAAAAUUUUGCCACUUUCUACUCUUUGCUUAGCUAUAGGAUUUUGGCAAGAACACUUGGUCACUCAAAAAUAUAUAUCUUCUCCCAAAUGUAGAAUAUUUUCUCCACCAUCCUUAAUUAAUUUAGCAAUUCUAGAGCUUUUUGAAUAUGUUCCAUAUUGUUUGAAAAUCAUUGAAGAUAUGCUGGGAUCUUAUCCUUUCUCCAGAAUUGAUUUUUUGGUAGUCCCACCUACAUUCGGGAGCUUAGGAAUGGCUAGUCCCAAUAUGAUAUUCCUUUCUCAAUCUCUGCUUGUUGGAGACGGAAGUAUGUGUUCAAGAGUUGCCCAUGAGAUCUCCCAUGGGUGGUUUGGAUUACUGAUUGGUGCGUUGGAUUGGACGGAGGAGUGGCUGAGUGAAGGUUUUGCAACAUUCAUAGAGGAUUGUGUUCAUAUUUGGGUGAUAAACAUGAAUGAAUCAGAGGGAAAUGACUACAGAGAAUUAAAAUCGCACAUCAGAAAAAAGAUUCUUUUGUCUGAGGUGGAAAAUACAGAAAAUGUACUUCAAGUUAUGAGGUCAUCUAAAGGAAAAAUAGAUAAAAAUCUAGUGGAUGGUGUGGAAGCAACUGUUCUCAAAAAUGGACAAAAUCCCUUGAAAGGAUUCAUGCAAGUCCACUAUAUUAAGGGUUAUUUUUUAUUGAAACAUUUGUCUGAUGCUGUCGGCAUUGAUAAAUUCAUUGCAUUUCUUCGAGCUUACGUUGAUGAAUAUGGCGGCCGCUUAGUUACCUCUGCCGAAUUCUUAUCUAUGUAUUUCAGGCACUUCCCAUACAUUAAAAACAUUUUCACUAUCAAUGAUAUUUAUGAAAAUUGGCUGCAUAAUUCAGGUAUUCCAGAGGCUAUUUUAAAUUCAUCCAUAUCCAAAAACAAUCAGUUGUUUUCUGAGGUUGUUGAUGAGACAGAAAAAUGGAUAAAAUUAAACAAGUUUCUGCUUAAGAAGCUGCCCAAAAGAAAAAUAGUUAGCUAUGAUAAUUUUUCUCAAAUGACACCUGAACAAAUGAUUUUGUUGUUGGAAAAUCUUCUGCAACUUGAUUUGCUUAGUGUUCAAACCUUAAAAUGCCUGAAUGACUUUUUUAACCUGAAAGAUUCAAAUCCUGAAGUGCAGCACAGAUGGUUUGAAUUGGUAGUAAAGCACAAAUAUAGAAAUGAGUACCCAGCCUUGAAACUCUUUCUGACCACUCAUUUGGCCAUGGGUGUUUACUUGUAUGGUGAAAUGAUUUUCUCUAGAAAUGCCACCCUCAAAAGGAUCGCACAAGAAUGUUUUGAUUCCGUGGAAUCGGAAAUGGAACCAAACUACAAAAAGACGAUACUACAAAUGAUCUCUGACUCUGCCUGAAUUGUGAUUGUUAAACUGUUGCUCACAUGAAAAUAAAAAUUUUAUUUUACUUAA